AAACCUUCACAAAAAAAAGCUGCUCUCAAGCAAAGCCACGUGCCAAAUCAUUAAUCAGUUUCCUGGUUGCACCGAGAACAAAUGGAGCAAUGUGAUACUUUCUAAUCUCCCUCUGCACUGCCACUGUCACCUUACCUCUGACGCUUCAUGAAUCAUUCAGCAUGCGAAUGAAAGCCAUGCCGACGAAACAUUAGCUCACGUUACCUUUUGCUUUCUAUGACCAGACGCUUGUAGUCAAAUGUGCACAGCUACAACUGACAGUGUAGUUUUAUUUUUGGAUCACAAGCAUAGCAGCGCAUGCGGUCGUGACCAUGCCGGGAGGAUGCUGUGAUCAUUUCGUGAGGUGUCUAUGGUGGUUGUUGAUUUCCUCUGGUUUGCAUCCUGUUUAUGAGGCCAAUAUCAGCCAAUCUUCCCUAGAGAGGCCAUCUUGUCAACCUGGCUUUUACUGCCUCCCGGAAAGCGUCACUCCAAUCCCUUGCCCAAGGGGGACCUAUGGGCCUGCUGCAGACAGUGUAGCAUUGGAAAGCUGUCUAAAGUGUCCUCCUCACCAUUACUGUCCCCGACCGGGUCUGUCCGCAUCUGUCCCUUGUGGAUCUGUGGCUCAACAGCCUCUGUCUGGACAGGACACUUGCAUCUGCCCAGGAAAGGGACAGAACUUUCAGAGGAGUGACGGGCAGUGCCAAUGUACCCUCGACUAUCAACCGACCAACAGUGAAGAUGUUUGUGUGCACAAAGUUUACAGCAUCUGCAGGGAUGGAAAAACACGCAGUCAACAUGGAGACUGUCUGGACCGACAUGAGUGGUCACUUCACUGCAGGACACAGGUGUGUUCAUCUGCAGAAGACUAUGAGGCUUACGACGGAGAAUUAGGUCUGUGCGUGUGCGCGGAGACUCCCGGGCGAGCUGCGUGUGGGGGCCUAUGCGGGAAAAGGCUUGCGACUGAACUGAAACUCCGCUGCAAAUCCAGUGGAGAACUGGAGUUGGUAUUGGGUUAUCACAGUCAGGUGUCCUACUUGUCCGGCACCGUGCUGGAGAUGCUCUUUAAACUGUGGGACUCCCACGGGAGCCUGCAGUGUACUGGCAGCCACCUCAUCCCUUCACGCUCUGUUUACAUUGUUCGGACAAGCGAAGCAGGCUUUGUCGGCCUGCUUGGUGGCAGCCUCCCGGAGGAACUUCAGCAACUGUUUAUGUCAUUAACUGAUGUGCGCCCCGAUGCCCCGAGAGCACAUGGAGCUUCUGUUCUUCCCUGGGACAUGCGCAUCAUGGAAAAUAUCAGCAGCGGUGGUGGGAACAUGGAUAGUAGUAAUAAGCGAGACUCAAGAGAAAGUUUCACUGGAAUUAUCAACCCAAUAACUUGCCUCCACCUGGGUGAUGUUCUGUUGUUCACUGUCACCACUCGUGACUAUCCUCAGUACGAUAUUGACAACCUGUACAAUACAAACAGCGAUUUUGACUGGGGUGCUCUGAGAAAACUGAAAGAGGAGUUGACUCUGUCCCGGACACCUCCCAGCUUCUUCUCAAUCAUCUUUAACAAGCCCGGAGUGUAUGUUUUUAGACUCAGCAGCCAUCACCACAAACGUAUGUACGUACGUGUGAUGUUAGCGGGCGGCCAGUGUUACGAGCCGGGACCCUUCUUCUCAACUAUUCCACGUCACAUGACAAGAAUGGGGAUCAGGAAGAGACGAAACCUCUUACUCCGUCCCGACUGGCUGGUGACGGGAGGACUUCUGUUUGGAGCUGCCCUCAUCUUGUGUUUAUGCGUGAUAGUCUUGAUCCUUUUCCAUGAGUAUGGGUGGCCUGAGAAGAAGCCAAUCACAGCGCGGUACUACUCACGGCAGUUGACCUACCACAUGGACGAUUACGCAUCAAAGGGUUCAAGGGUGAUCUCGCAAAUGAAAAUUCACAGGAAACAACAAGCCACAUGUAGGCUGACUUCUAUUCAACCAGGGCUCUCGGAGGAGUUCUGGGAUUACGAGCACCAAGUCGAUCUUGAGGCCUUCAGCAGCAACACUUUCUAUAACCUCUUGCUCAAACACAGCGUUUCGGUCACCGCACAGCUGGGACAGCUCACCACGGAGGUCAAGGAACUUUACCAAGGUGUUCUUGAGAAACUACGGCUGCUCCACCCUCGCUUGGCGGAUGAGGAGAGCACGGGCGACGUUUGCGACAAGACGAGGAGAGAGGUGGAGAAGGAAGUGGGCCGCAGGAGGUCUUUGGCUGCACAUCUGAGAACGCUGCUCCACGCUCAGCUUCAGGUUUUGAGGCGAGAGCAGGAGGCGCAACAGAAGGUCCACAGUGUGUUCACAGCUCAACUGCGAGAAUGCACCAAAAUACUGGGCAAGAUCGACCAGACAUCUUUUGGACUGUACCACCAAAAUUUGAUCCAGCGGUUAAGGUCCCUGGUGGGUAAGAUGGGGGGCCUGGUAUCAGCAGAAUGCCAGCGCCAGGGGUCCUGGGGGCUUUUGGGUGAAGGCACAGGGGCCAAGCUCCUCUGUCCUGACACAGGCACUGUGCUGAGCAAAGACAGCAUCUUUGGUUCUGACGGAUCCCUGCGAGACUGUUGCCCCGCUCAUUAUGACGCGGUCACCGGCCUCAUUAGACCAAAUGCUCAUAGCCACAUGUUGCUGAGCAGUGGUCACACUAUGGCGGUUCCUCCAAAUUUCUUCCUGCAUCCACAGACUGGCCAUGUUCUCCCCAUUGCCGGGAAUGUCGCCUAUGACCCCGAAAGCUCCACUUUGGUGAUCACAACUGAUUUGUGUGCAGGAGACAACAGGAAAUGGGAAAUUCCUCCUAUUCCUUUCAUUCCAUACCCAACCUCCUGCCACCCAAACCAACCUCUACCCAACAUCCGGCUCAGAAGUCUCCGGCCAGGUCAGAAACUGCAGCUAGGUGCCCCCAUGGCAGACCCAGACACUGGGGUCCCAGUACCUAUUCUUGCCGUUACCAUCCAGCCACAAACUGGUCUGAUCUAUCCACUGGGAAAGACACAUAUAUGCCCCAUCACCCGUUUCCCGCAACCCGUCCAGAUCGGCUAUCCAAUGCUGGAACCCCGGACAGGAAACAUUGUGCUGACUGUUGGCAUCGGUAUAGAUCUUGUGACCGGUGUUGUGCUGCCAGUAGGGGGUGUCACGCUGGGUGAGCCCUUUAGGGAGCCUCUGAGUGGUCGAAUGGCGAGAGUGGGUGGUGCGAGCAUCCAAGCCGGGCAGCUGGUGCCUCAUGCAGGAGGAUACCAGACACUUUUAGACAGCAAGGUGUCUUUCAUCCAGUUAGUAAGAGCAAACAUGACAAAUGAAGGUCAAAGAAACAUUUGUAACACAAAAAACAUUGCCUAGGUUCUGGCAGUCAUGUUCAAAACAGUCGAGCUCCUGAGGCCUCUGAGUGACGAUUGGAGCUCAGAACCGGCUUUGCAGCUCCAUCAGAGAGGCGAGCAAGCGUCUCGCUGGCACGAUGGUAUUGGUGCAGUGGCCGAGGAGCUCCAUCUUCACUGGAAAAGGAGUCAGCAUUGCCAGCUGCAGCUGCAAACCAGACUGGAGAUCCUGCAGGACACCAUGGUGGGACUGCAUCAGGAUGGAUGCUCUCUUGGAGACAUGACUCUGUCAGGCUCAGACGCACCAGUACCAGCCUUGCUGGGUAUGGACUACCCUGACCCAAUGGGUUCAGGUCUCACGGUACCCGUGUUGGGGUACUGGACUGACUUCAUCUCUGGAACAACAACUGGGCUUGCAGGGACCAUGGAGGACCCCGAUGGCAAUGGUCUGGUGGCGAUCCGGUAUGGCUCUCAGGCAAUUGACCCUGUCACUGCCACAUUGGCUCCAGUGGUUGGCGCCAGGCUGGAUGUGCUCACCGACACAGUUGUACCCAUCACGGCAUCUUACUGGCUGGCGAUGGCCGAUCAAACCGACAGUA